AUGGCGGAGAAGCGCAAGCGCGAGGACGUCCGAACCUUGGACCUGGUCAUCGCCACACGCGAGAACACCCAGAAGCUCGGCUAUUUCGUCGACGACACCGUCGUGAACCCUGGCUUAGGCAUCCCCUUCUACAAGACUGUGUUGGAGGGUGCAAACUACGAGCAUGCCACCUGGAAGGAUCAGGCGUGCGUCCGCACCUCGCAGAUCCAUUGGCGAGAGGAUCACAGCGUUUCUUGGCUGGAACGGCACAUGGAAAUGACCCAGGGCUUCAUUCUCCUCGGGAAGAACCCGGGCCUGUUCGUGCUGGGUGAGCCGACCCACGACCGCGAGGACUUGGACGAGAAGGGUCGCACAAAGCCAGACCCCGACCGCACCAAAGCUUACAUCAUCCCGGCAGGGAUGGGCUUGAUCUUGAAGAAGGGAACCUGGCACGACUUCCCGGUCUCUUGUGGCCCACCUGUAUCUGCCUUCAUCUUGAACACCGAGGAAGUCGUUGCAGCACUGGCGUCCAUGCCCAAGCCAGCACCGAUGGAUCACGGGGAUUGCUUCAAGCUUCGCAUGGCAGAACACUUCGACUUCACGAUGAAGUUUCCCGAUCCCCGCCCAUUCGUUCAGAGGCAUGGACUGGUGCCCAGCCCAAUAGCCAUGCCCUUGAUGGGCAUCGAGGGCUACGGCGCGGAGAUGUCGCGGCAGGAGGUGAAGCCUGGCUGGGCCGGAGGCAAGAAGGUCACGGUCAUUCCCGUGGUGAACGUCGAGGUUUUUGUUCCGGGCAGUGGUGGACCCUCCAUCCAGCCCCACUUGCAGUCCACUCCGGAGGUGGCCAACCGAGGCUGGCGGGAUUACGGCAACCGCCGCGGCUUGCAGCGGCUCUGCGCCAUGUUCAAAGAGCUGGGGAUGCCGGCCACAGCCGUCGUGAACAGCGAGGCGGCCAAGCUGGAGCACGUGGCAAAGGCCCUGAAGGAGUCCGGCUGGGAGCUUGGCGCUCACGGCCUGAACAACUCUUCGGGCGCUGCCAAGCUGAGCCGUGGUGAAGAGGAGGCUUAUUUCAAGCAGACUCUGGAUGAUCUGCAGCAAAGCCUGGGUGCCCGACCCAAGACUUGGCUGACUCCGGGCUUCUCUGUCACGGAGCGCACGCCAGAAAUCGCUGUGCAGUCUGGCAUCGAAGCAUUUCUGGACUUCGUGGACGAUGACGUGCCGUACUACAUCUCGCACGAGAGCGGCAAGCGCACCUUGUGCCUGCCGUACUGCAUGGAGACCAAUGACUUCUCUUGCGUUUUGACCAAGCACUUCGAUGGCCGGCAGUAUGCCCAAGCGAUCGAGGAUCACGUUCGCCAGCUGGCCAAGGAAGACGGUGAGAAGGUGGUGUGCUUGGGAAUGCACACGUUUGUGGCUGGCACUCCUGCAAGGGUGCUUGCCCUGACGGAGGCGCUCGGUCGCCUUCAGCAAGUUCCUGGCGUCUGCUUCGCCACUGCGGCCCAGGUCUACACAGCCAUCCAGAAGAACGCUUAA